AUGGCUUCGGAGGCGAACCGGAAACGGAAAUGGAACCCAGCCCAUGUGGGCCCUGGGGCCACAGAAUGCUGGCAACUGCUGCUCAAGGACCAGCAUGAGGGGGCCAGGGCCAGGGUGCUGCUUUUGGAAAUGCUGUACACCUCAGCCAUUGUGGCUUUUGUGCUGUAUAAGUGUUUACAGGGAAAAGAUGAAGCUGCAGUUCUCCAAGAGGAGACAGGCAAGAAGCAACCAUUGCAGCUGGAGCAACAGCUAAUCCAGACAGAGCAGCACCUGGAAAAUCUGAUGGCCCAACUGGACCCCCUUUUUGAGUGUGUGACUACUUUGGCUGGAGCCCAGUAGGAGCUUCUGAACAUGCAGCUAUGAACCGUGAAGCUGCUACAAGAUAGCAAGCCAGAUAAGGGUAUGGUGGCUUCAGAACCAGAGGCCAGCAUACCUUUUCCUGAGGACUUUUGUGUGAAGGAAGAUGAGGAGGAGGCUGCUGAUGGUCAGACCUGGGAGGAUCCCAUAAACUGGAGCACAGAGACAUGGAAACUAGCCACUUCCUGGCAGGUGGAGCAGGUACUAAGGAGAAGAUGCAGCAAGGCUGUGGAAAAGGGCUCCAGUCACAGCCCCAGCUGGGAAGGAGAGACAAGAGCUGAGGGUUUAGUACCAACUGUCAAUACCUUCUUUCACACAGCUUUCCCUAAUGCAGUGGCUAUCUAUGGGAAUGACAAAUACAUACUACUUGCGGGUACUCAAGCCAUCACUAGGUUGAGAAUUCCUCUUGACAUUGUAAAAUCAAGCAUGCAAAAGUUAACUUUUGAUCGUAUCUCCGUGUGA